UUCCGCCUCAAAGCCAUUUCUAGAUUCUUACCGUCACCAUCAUCAAUGCAUCAUUAUUCGUCCGAGUUGCUUCAAAUUCCUCCACCGAAAAACUGAAGUAGCUGCCACGCAAUGAUCCUUCCAGUCAUCAUGACCACUGACGAGGAAGGUUAACAUUUGUGCCUGCAGCACCUGCGCACCAUAUCAUGUGGAUGAAUGAUUGUAAAAGUUGGAGAAGAACCUGGGAUCAUACGCCAGUAUAAAUGGAUAAAUAAAAAAGCUGAAUAUAGCCCCCAAACCCCAUGUUCAUGCACAUCUCGUUCCUCGUUCUGCUCUGCUCUCAUUUCGCGGCAGCCCUCUGGCCUAUCCCCAGGACGCUCCAGACCGGCAACACCCUUCUCAAGCUCGCGAGCGAUUUCGACUUGAAGCUAAACCUAGACGGACCCCCACAAGACCUUGUCGACGCCGUCGCUCGUGCGAAAAGCCAAUUACAAAACGACAAACUCCAGCUUCUCGUUCCUGACCGUGGAGAAUCCAACCGAAAUGGGCUCACAACUGCCAAAUCCCUAGCAUCGUUGACGUUGAGUCUCAAGACGGAUGCACCUGCUCUUCGGCCUAUUGCCACCGAGGCUACGGACGACCUUCAUGCGAGAGACGAGAGCUAUUCUCUUUUCGUGCCUUCAGAUGGUUCCCAAGCUGCGCUUUUUGCCAAUUCCAGUCUUGGGUUACUCCGUGGAUUGACGACGUUCGGGCAACUUUGGUACGAUUUGGACGGUACUACCUAUACCACCGUGGCUCCAGUGACGAUAUCCCAUGACUUGCCAGCUUAUCCGUAUCGGGGGGUCAUGCUUGAUACAUCGAGAAACUUCUUCCCGGUUUCCGAUAUCAAGAGAGCACUCGAUGCGAUGUCUUGGGUCAAGAUGAGCACUUUUCACUGGCACAUCACAGACUCGCAGAGUUGGCCACUCGGAAUCGCAGAAUUCCCUGAACUCGCGCAAAAGGGCGCGUACUCUUCCGAGGAAACAUUCACUCCGGACGAUAUUCAAAGUAUCGUUACUUUCGCGGCUCAGCGUGGAAUUGACGUUGUCAUGGAAAUCGACAAUCCAGGACACACGGCCAGCGUUGGCUCCUCCCACCCCGAACACGUUGCCUGUUUCGAAGGUACAGGAAGAACAGUCGGCGAACCACCUGCAGGACAACUUCGGUUAGCGUCGGAUGCUACGCUCAACUUUACGUUGGGUGUUCUCACCGCAGUCGCAUCGAAACUUCCAUCCAAGUUCUUUCAUACCGGUGGAGACGAGGUGAAUGUUCCUUGUUAUGACCAGGAUCAGCAGACACAGCAAGAGCUUCAUAGUUCUGGGAGAACACUUGAGCAGGCGAUAGGUCAUUGGGUCGAUGCUACGCAUGAUAAGCUGAGGAGUAUAGGAAAGACUCCGGUUGUUUGGGAGGAAAUGGUGUUGGAACAUAAUAUCACAUUGAAAAACGAUACCGUGGCGCUUGUCUGGAUAUCUUCUCAACAUGCUGCUUCUAUCGCUGCGAAAAAUGUACGAAUAGUGCAUGCUCCUGCGGAUUAUUUCUACCUCGAUUGUGGUGGUGGUGGGUGGUUAGGUGGGGAUUUAGGGAAUAGCUGGUGUGAUCCGUUCAAGAGUUGGCAGAAGGCAUACACUUUCGAUCCUCUCGCCAACAUAAGUGCUCAACAGCAUUCACUCAUUCUCGGUGGCCAACAACUGUUAUGGACCGAACAAUCAGGACCGGAAAAUCUUGACCCUAUGUUAUGGCCCCGCGCAGCUAGCUCCGCCGAAGUAUUCUGGACGGGACCUACCUUACCCGACGGAACGGAUCGUGUGGCUGGGAUUGCAGGAAACAAUCACACGGCGAAGACGAAUGUUCUUGCGAGGAUGCAUGAUUUGAGAGCGAGGUUGGAGAAGCGAGGGAUUAGGCCGAUCAAUAUUCAGCCGAAGUGGUGUCAAUUGAGACCUGAUAAGUGUACGAAUCAGUUGUAGGGGGUUUUUUUUCUUUUCUCGAUGUGUAGCGAAUGAAACUGUGGAGUGUAUUGAAAUUUGUUUGCUUUUCCCCCAC